AUGGUUGAAUGGCCAAAGAAACCUUUAAAACCACAUGUCUUCUGGCCUACUUUUGGAUCUUUUGAAGACUGGAUUUGCCAGGCUUUAAGUACAUAUGUUUACUCAAUAAAACCUUUUAGUCAAGAAGAAAGUGAUUACACAAAAUUGUGGAUCGGGAUUUCACGUCCCUAUCCAGCUUCAAUACUUACACUAAAAAAGGAUGAGAAAUCUGAAGAAAAAGGGGAUAAGAACAAGGAAGGGACAGAGAAAGAUGAUGAAUGGGAAUCACUAGAUAACUUGCCGCCCCCAUACUUUAAUUAUCCAGUCCCAGCAGCUUUAACAGCCCCGGUGGCUUUAACAGCUCUGGCAGCUUUAACAGCUCCUACGGUUCCCCUUCUACCUCCGGCUGCAUGUACAAGACGUAAAACUGCCGUAACUGAGGGAGCUUCUUUAUAUCCUGUACGGGAGGUACCCCUUGGAGUCAAUCAAGGAGGCAUCGGAUUUGUGGCAGUCCCGUUAAACACCUCCAAUGUACGAAAUUUUAAAAAAGAAAUGAGGACCCUAUUAGAUGAUCUUCUCAGAGUAGCUGAGAGGUUAGAUCAAUUUUUAGGUCCCAAUACUUACACUUGGGAAGAAGUACAGUCCAUUUUAGGCAUCUUAUUUAUUGCCGAAGAAAGAGGAAUGAUCAGAAAUAUAAAAGUGCUGCCCAUCUUACUAAGGAAAACUGUGGAUUUUAACUGUUAUUUACAGGUCCAAAAUCAUGUGUAUUGUGAUGCACAGCAUGGAUUUGAUCUUCCAAAGUCACAGGCUGUAAGCACCGUUGCUGUUCGCAUAUUGAAUACUCAUUAUGAUCGUGUGUCUCCACUUUGGCUACAGUGUCAGUGUGUGCCAAAAUUGGAAGUCUCAGAUAGAGAGUUAACUUGGCAUUCAAAAGACAGUGUAGAAGAACCAGAAGGAAAGAAAGCCAGAUAAGAGCCCAACAUGCCCACUGAAGAAGAAAUGUGUUUUGAUGAGAGAAAGCGUGCUAUCUCCUUCAAAGAAAAGAGCAAUAGCAUAGCUGAUAUAAAUGAAUCAGAGGAGGAAACUGAGAAGAAAUCAGAAAUCUUAGAUACACCAUCACAAGUUCAGGAUCUAUUGAUGCAAGAGACGACAAAUGAAAAAGAAGAGGCAAUAACCGAUAAAAACGUCAUUGAUUUGCAACAGUUUGUACCGGUGGGUGGUAUGUGCCAUAUUGAUGCUCUGCAGCUUCCACCUCAAGUCAAACAAAUCAAGGGCUGGCGGAGCAAACUAAAGGACCAAGUUUUCAAUGAAAUUUCAGUUACACUUGGCCAAUUUUUGGAGCAGCUGGAAGGAACAGAUCAGCCUGCACUUAGAGGCAUGUGCUUAGAUAAUCAGUGUAUGUUGUCUUCAGUAAUGGCAGAAGAGAAGGAUGUGCUUUUCCACAUCACAGGAAAAUGAAUAAGUCCAGUUGACCCAAGAGGAGUUUUUUUUAAAAAAUGCUGUAUUUUCCCAGUAGAGUAUUCUCACAACCAUGGCUCUGUGAAUGUGAAGGUGAGCUCCCCUGUAGCAGAAGUUAGGACCUAUCAACAGAUGGCACUGGUUGCACCUGCUUUUGCCUGGAACAAGUGGAAUCUAAAAGCAGGUCAAGAAAUAUUAGUGUUCAAGUUUUUGAGCAUCUUAGAUUCUGUCAAAGACUGGUCUCUCUGUAUGUUUAAUGGUCAGAAAGCACAAAAACUCAGGAUCAUCAAAACCAGUGAAGCUUUUUCAGAAGAGCUAGGUGACAAUUCUGAAUUUCACUUCACACUCUACCAUAUGCUUAAGGACUUUAUCAAUUGCUUCUUCGCUGGCAAAGUGGAAAGAGCUAGUUUCCUGUUUAUUGAUGUUGUAUAUCAGCUACUCCUUGCUACAAGAGUUGUAACACUUAAAUACUGCAUGCUUUUCUUCGAAACUUUAUUAUCAAAAGCUUUCAAUAAAGUUACAUUUCAAGUCUUGAAUCCUUUUCUAUGCAAAUCAUUGGAACAACUUCAGUGACUAAAAUGCAAACAUAUUUUUG